CUGAAUGCAUGCGACAAACAAGUAGUGUUCUUUGCAUAAUCACUUUUGAAGCCAGCUGUCUGGCUGCAAUUAUUUACAUAAAUUUGAAUCAUGUGAAUGAUUGUUUUUUUUGGGGGGCAAGUUGUUGUAUGAAGAAAAUGUGAGAUGUGUGAUGCAGUCGGGCAUUGCACUGGAAAUACAUCCAUGGAUCGGAACUAAAUAACGAAACUGAGCGUUGGGGUGCUAUUCAACAACAAAGGUGGGACCAGAACAUUGACUACAAAAGUUUUAAUGCAAAAGUUGUAGGUGUUUAUAGUGCAUACAUUUAUAUCUAAACUUGUGUGAUAUGUAAAAGACCCUUGCAUUCUUUGUUUUCUUAUUUUAUGCUCAACAUGCAUCAAUACACAUUUGGUUAGAUGACAGAGCCACUAAAGUGCUUUUAUGUUAUAUUUUCAUGUUACAGGAUGUGGAAGAACAUACUUCUCCUCUUAAGCCUUUCAGGGCUCGUGGGACACCAUGCGUCUCCCAUCACCAAACUCUACCACCACGUGGAUCAGAAGAUGAGCUGGACUGAUGCUCAGCGCUACUGCAGGGAGCAGUUUCAUGACCUGGCGACCAUAGACAACCGGGAAGACCUAGAGCGGCUGCAAGGGUCCAGAAAAGGGUCCGAUUAUGACAUUGACAGCGCAUGGAUCGGACUUUAUGAUGACCGCACCAGAUGGCAGUGGUCCUACGGCAACCAAGACUACAAAAUGGGUCAAGACUAUGACAAUUGGGUCGGAUCUGAACCAAACAACAUAGGCGCCAAACAGAACUGUACAAUGAUUAUGCUAAAAACAGGAGGAUGGGCGGAUAAGAGCUGCAGCGACCUGGCCGGUCCUGUCUGCAUUAAUGCUGCGGGCAACUACAUCGAUGUCCAAGAAGAAAUGACCUGGUACAAGGCGAGGAAAUACUGCGUGUCUCACCACACUGAGUUGGCAAUUGUGAGAGACGCGACAGAGAACAGCAAAAUCUAUGCCUUGAUGAAUUCAAACGCAUGGAUCGGGCUCCACAGAAAUCCAUGGUCCCACUGGUCUGACGGGAGUAGAACCUCUUACCUUAAUUGGGAAACAGGCCAGCCAAACAAUUAUGGAGGCAAGCAAAAUUGUGCUACAAUGAAUUUUAUUAGAGCAGAUUAUGGAGACGUAAAUUGUCAGGCUUUGAAUUACGUCGCCUGCCAGGAACUGCAGAAACAACGCUCAACCUUUAGGAUAAAGAUCAGCACCGAGGCAGACAUGACAAAUCCGGAGGUUCAACGCCAGUUUUUGGAAAAGCUCUCUGCCAAAAUGGCCAAGGAAGGUGUGACUGGCGUACAACUCCAUUUGGUUGUGAAGGACGGACAGGACCAGCAGAGUGAGAAAUGAAGAGCUCUUUGCUGUAGAAUAAAUUUCGUUGUAUGAAAUGUUUCAGACACAACAGCGUGUGACGCCCCUUGCUUUAGAUCAACCAAUGAGGGAAGAACUGAGCUUUUGUCUUGACAACUUUUCAGCAGACGAUCUUGUUGACAACCUAGCCACAUUUACGUUUAGGGAAUUUAGCAGACUUGCAAUAAGUACAUUUGUCAGAAGAAAGUGAAACAAUAUAUUGAUGUCGGUACAGUAAGGAUGUUGAUAGAAACAAGUGCCAAGAUUAACAAUUGGUUAACCCAUUCCCCCUUCUUCAAGAAAGAUAGCUAGGAUAGAAUUCUACACAAUGCUAAGCACAAUUUUUAAAUGCCAGGACGUACAAUAUACAAUAAGUGUGUAAGAGGGGAUGUUUUUAGGAG